AUGACGCUGCCCGAGUGGAGGGUCCGACACCAGAGCCUGCGGGGAAUGACCCCACCCACUCCACUGCCGAGCUCCGCGACCGCCAAGAUGUUGGUGGCUUUGGACGUGUUCUGUCUGUUGCUGGUCAGCAUCCCCACCCUGCUCUGUGAGAGCGGUUACGUAGCACCCCACUUCCAGGGCUUCUUUUGCGACGACAACACCAUCAAAUACCCUCGGGUGUCCCAUUAUGCCAUCGAGGACUCGGCACUCAUCACCAUGGACUUCUUACUCUCCAUCUUCAUGAUCAGCCUCGGAGAAAUGAUCCGUGUCCGGAGCCUGCAGCUGAGCUCGCCAGCCUUAUUAAACAGCACCUACAUGGUCAUGGUCUACAAGCAUCUGGGCACCUUCGUCUUCGGCGGCAUGGCCAGCUACUCCCUGGCAAACAUUGCCAAAAUGACCACCGGGAGCCUGCGGCCCCACUUCCUGGCCGUGUGCCAGCCAGACCCAACCUCCUUCAAAUGCGAGAGCGGCUACAUCACCAACUACAGCUGCACCGGGCACCCUGCCGACAUUCUCAAUGCCAGGAAAUCCUUCUAUUCUGAGCACGCCUCCUUCGGGAUGUACUGCAUGGUGUAUCUGAUGCUCUAUGUGCAGGCCCGCUACUGGGGACAGAAGACCAAGCUGUUGCGACCAACCAUCCAGUUCCUCUUCUUAUCACUGGCUCUGCUCACGGGCUACAUCCAGACCUUAGACCAUUGGCACCACCCCUACGACAUGGUCUUCGGAUUCCUGCUGGGAGCCUUGAUGGCUUUCUGGGUGGCUUUCUAUAUCUCUGGACUGUCUCUGUAUCGGGCAAUGCCAGGUCCCAGCAGCCCCGGGCACUAG